CCCUUUUCCCCCUGCUUUCCGCUAUUCUCUCUCUCUCUCUACUUUUGGUAUCUGUUUCAAAUCGACGCGGAGCUCGUGAUUUCCUCAUUCAAUUUGGAAGAGACAAAUUUAAAUGAAGAAUCUUAUUAGGGGAACAUGGUUGUGGUUGCGUGAUCUUUUGAAGUCUUCUCCUCCUCCUCAUUUAUCCUUGAGGGAGAAAGCUAUGGAAAUUGCAGGGAGAGUCCCUACGAAAAACGAAAAUAUUUCUUGCCCGGAAUGCAAAACUGUGUUCAACGGCGAAAGCAACAGCAGCCUGAGGAUGACGCUGGCGCUUCAUAUGAGCUUAUGGCACCCGGACGAGGUUCUUAUGAGGUGGUCCUUUAUGAAGGGGAAUUAUAAGCAAGUAAGUUUUCACUUGCCUUCUUUCAUCUUUGGAGUCGGGAUUUCUUGUGGAGUUGCGAUUCUUUUGGCCAUUUCAGCCGGGAACCGGAGCAGGUACACGCCGUAUAAAAUUACGAGGUAAUUAAUAUUUAGAUUUUGCUUGAUUUUUAUGAUGAUGCAAAAGUUUUUAGAUCGAUUUUCAUAUAUUGCAUGAUGGAACGGUCUAAACUUAGUUGGUUUCAUUAGUUCAAAUGAAAGGAAGUAAUUGGUACAUGUUACUGUCAUGGUCUUUUUUACUAUGCAAUUUUUAUGCAGGGUUUGUUUUGUUUGAUGUGAAAUUUGUCUUUUUAUCUGAGUCUGUUUAAAUAGUGGUUUUAUUCACUGAGACGUUUUUAGAUGGAUUUAUUUUUUAUACGUGGUACGAUAAAUUGUCUCAACAAUAUAAUAUUUUUAAAUUGAAUAUCUGGCUUUUUCUAAUGAUUAU